CUACAUGCCAAAUAGACAAACCACCAACGAACAUGGCUCCUUCCACCACCACAUCCGACACUGUGGCUCUUAAGGACACACCGAAGCGCUUACUCUGCCUAACAAUUUGUGGCUAUCGCAAGCCCGGGAUGAGUGAGGAGGCAUACCGACAUCACAUGACCCAUAUUUCAGCGCCAAUGACUAAAGACUUGAUGGUGAAGUAUGGGGUAAAGCGGUGGACGAUGAUCCACAAUCCUACCGAAACUCGAGCGCUCAUGGCCCAACUCUACGACUCUCAAAUGGCCAAUGUGGCCGAUUUUGAUUGCUUCAGUCAAGUAGUCUUCGAGAGUAUUGAGAAUUAUAAGAGAAUGAAAGAAGACUCGUGGUACAAAGAGCAUUUGGCGGGCGAUCAUGAGAAUUUUGCUGAUACCAAGAGGAGCAUGAUGACCAUUGGGUGGAUUGAAGAAUUCGUCCGAGAUGGAGUUGCGGUGGAUGAUGUCAAACAUAGUCGCACUGGACUGGUUAAAGGCUUGAUAAUUGUUGCUGUUGGAAGCGCAUUACUGCUAUGGUUAUACUGA